CUCCAGUCCAGUUGGUGGCGUUAAUGCACCAUUAGCUGCUUUGCCAACCGCCUAAAAAUAAAGAAGUCUUUACAGAGGACAUCAGGAGAAGGGCACAACUGAAGACUAUCUGUGAAGAUGGCUGAUGUUAUUGAGGACAAGAUCAAGAACUACAGAACGGCUCCAUUCGAUGCCCGUUUCCCAAACACCAACCAGACACGAAACUGUUUCCAGAAUUACGUCGACUUUCACCGGUGUAGUAAGGCUUUGUCGAGCAAAGGACAGGAUGCUUCUCCUUGUGAAUGGUAUCAGAGAGUCUACAAGAGCCUGUGCCCAAUGAGCUGGGUUGAGAAAUGGGAUGGCCAGAUUGAGGAUGGAAGCUUCCCUGGAAAGAUCUAAAUGCUUGCUGUUACCUUCAACCUAUGGACACCUAAUGUUUUGUAGAGUACCUCAUUGUAAUUACUAAUAUGAUCCCAUUUUGAUGUUGUCUUAUUGGUUUUCAAGCAUAAGGAUAAAAGCUAAUUUAGAGAGGAACUGUGUCAAAGUCAGCAUUUUGAGGUCAUAACAUGGCAUCAUGCUUGGUUUCACUUACUGUUGAAACUUACAAAAUAAAGAUGCACAAUUUCAACCAA